CAGCCUCUCCCCAUGGCUGAGGAGGUGAGGGCGGCCGUCGCUGGGCAGCCCAAGAGGCCGCCGAGCAGCCCCGAGGAGCCCGCGCGGCCGGAGGAAAACGGGCACCUGCCCAAGCGGCUGAGGAGCCGGGCCGSUGAGGAGGACGCGGAGGAGCAGGCCAAGAAAUGGCCCAAAAGGAAGAUCGUGCUCUUGAUGGCCUAUUCAGGGAAAGGCUACCACGGGAUGCAGAGAAAUGUGGGAUCCUCGCAGUUCAAGACAAUUGAAGAUGACUUAGUAUCUGCCCUUGUUCAAUCAGGCUGCAUUCCAGAAAAUCAUGGGGAAGAUAUGAAGAAAAUGUCUUUCCAGAGAUGUGCUCGAACRGAUAAGGGUGUAUCUGCAGCUGGACAGAUUGUGUCACUGAAAGUCAGACUAAUAGAUGAUGUCUUAGAAAAGAUCAAUAACCAUCUUCCUUCUCACAUCAGAAUUCUGGGGCUGAAGAGAGUCACCGGAGGAUUCAACUCCAAGAACAAAUGUGAUGCUAGAACCUACUCUUACAUGCUGCCAACAUUUGCCUUUGCCCAUAAAGACCAUGAUGUGCAAGAGGAGACUUAUCGCCUGAAUAAAGAGACUCUUGAAAAAGUGAACAAACUGCUCGCUUGCUACAAAGGAACACACAAUUUCCACAACUUUACGUCUCAGAAGGGACCCAAGGACCCCAGUGCCAAGCGAUACAUAAUGGAAAUGUACUGUGGAGAGCCAUUUGUAAGGGAAAACGUAGAAUUUGCAGUGAUCCAAGUAAAAGGUCAGAGCUUCAUGAUGCACCAAAUAAGGAAGAUGAUUGGACUGGUGAUAGCAAUUGUGAAAGGUUAUGCUGAGGAGUCCAUCAUAGCACGCAGCUGGGAGGAGGAGAAAGUAGAUGUCCCCAAAGCUCCAGGACUUGGGCUGGUCCUGGAAAGGGUGCACUUUGAGAAGUACAACAGGCGUUUUGGAAAUGAUGGGCUGCACGAGCCACUCGAGUGGAAGGAGGAGGAGGAGAAGAUUGCUGUUUUCAAAGAGCAGUACAUCUAUCCUACUAUUAUCAACACGGAAAGGGAGGAGAAAUCCAUGAUGAACUGGCUGAGCACGCUUUCCAUUCAUGACUUCAACUCUUCUGCAGUUGGGAUGCAAACUAACAACAAAACCUCAAAGAACAGUGAUUUCGAAGGCAGUGAUGGUUGUGAUGAUGAUUCUGAGUGAGCCAAGAAGUGGCUGCAUCUGGGACCCUUACAUCUUGCAAUUUGCUUUGUUUAAGAAAAAAAAUAGUGGCCUUUAAAAAUCCAAGAAUGCAGUAAAGCAGAGGUUUGCAUGCAUGAAGAACAGAUGCCCAGGAGAAGUCAGGUGGGGAAAACUGCAGAAGAAAAAGUAGAAGCUGCUGCUUAUACCACUCAUUCGUUUGACUGGAAUACUUGAAAAUAAUGUAAUGAAAAACAUGCUUUCGAAAAGAAUCUUGUAUUGCAAGAAAUCUUAAUUGUUAUUUGCAUAGGUUUUAUUACAUAUUUGCCUGGAAAAUAGUAUUUUAAAUAUGUAUAAUCCCUACAUGCAGAUGGAGUAAAACAUUUUAAAUAUACAUUUUUGUUAGUAUUAAGCAGUUUUGACUCCCAAGAUUUUUGGGGAAUUUUACUAGUGUUUAGAGAUCAGGUUCAUUAAAUGUAGGGGAAAAAAAGUUCUUAUUUUUCCAUGACAUCGAUGACUUUCUUGUGGGAUAAAUAUGCAUGCGUUAGCAUUCCUUAUCAUGUCAAUGAUUCUGAAUUCUGCUGCCAUGGAAUGAGUUUUUCCAUA